AUGUAUAUUUGGUCAUAUUUACAGAGGGGAAAUGAAGAGGGGAAACAAAUAAUACACCUGACAGGAAACCGCAACAUCACUUACUUCGUGUUGGUGAUGACGCCGGCCCACACUCACCCCCUCCCUUCUCCCACAGUCAAAAGGGGCUUAACAAAAAAAAAUCCGCGCAAUAAAACUCCAACGGAGAUUCGAAGAACAGGCGGCAAAGCAAAGGAGAAUAGUUACGCGUAUAUGCGUACUUCAAUGUCGGGUUUAGGAACUUCCCCCUUGGUAGAGAUAACGACACGUAUAGAAAAUAAUGCGCGAUCCUCAUUUCCCCCCCCCCAGUCCCUUAUGUUAAGAGGAGUCCAACACCAUGCGCGUCGAUAUGAACGGUCCGGUUGCGGACUCAUCAAUACUCCAUAG